UCCAACUUGCGCCUCCUCUGGGAUUUCUCACUCCAUCAGCAUCCCGAGAGCUCUCUCCUCGAACAUCCAUGGCUGUUCUAAAAAUCUAGAGGGAAAACUGCACAUACGACAAUACUUAUAGAAACAGUGAAGAAAAUCAAUCAGAUAUGAUUAUAGCGCAGCUUCCAAGAUUCCAUUUCUCCAUCUUCGCGAAAUCCCAUUUCUCUCUCUCUUCUUCGCAUUUCAACUUCAUAAACCCUAAGCCGCCGGUUACAGUAGCCAGAACCCUUUUUUCAUUCGCGCUUAAAUCCAACAUCGCCACGGUUGAACCCAUACCACUGCCGGUCUCGGAUGCAUCCGAUCUGGAUGAUGUUCCUGUGGAGAUUUCCCUCGACAAGCUUUUUAUUCCGCCGGAGACAGACAUCUCCGGCGACGACCCGGCGAGACUAACGGCGAGGAUACUGAAGGGUUCGAACAUAGUGCUCAGCAAGUAUGCGAGGGACGCACAGGUGGUUCAGGCAGACUACGUGAAGAGCAGUGUCCGGACGGAGGAUUGUCCGGCCGAUGGGCUGCCGGAGUUCGCGCUCGUCGGGAGAUCCAAUGUUGGAAAAUCCUCGCUCCUCAAUUCAUUGGUGAGGAGGAAACGCCUUGCCUUGACCUCUAAGAAACCUGGAAAGACGCAAUGCAUUAAUCAUUUCCGGAUCAACGACAAUUGGUACUUAGUAGAUUUGCCUGGCUACGGGUAUGCAUCAGCACCGCAUGAACUCAAACAAGACUGGAACAAAUUCACCAAAGACUAUUUCCUAAACCGGUCAACAUUAGUCUCAGUAUUUUUGCUAGUUGAUGCCAGCAUUCCUCCAAAGCAAAUCGACCUCGACUACGCUAGCUGGCUUGGUCAAAACCAGGUUCCAAUGACUAUGGUAUUCACGAAAUGCGACAAGAGGAAGAAGAAGAAAAACGGAGGGAAGAAACCGGAGGAGAAUAUAAAGGAGUUCCAAGAUUUGAUACAAGGAUUCUUUGAAACAACACCACCAUGGAUUAUGACCAGCAGUGUGACAAAUCAAGGUCGGGACGAGAUAUUGUUGCAUAUGGCUCAGCUAAGAAACUACUGGCUCAAACACUAAGAACCCAACAACACUUCUCCAGAUUGUCUUUAAUAGGAAGGAGACUUUUAUAACAAAGAACAACAAAAAGACAUGUAGUGUACCAACUCUUGGGCAAUGCUUUUGAUUAAUGCAACGCUAAGAUUUUGUUUUUG